GAGCCGCAGCAGUCAGGCCUUGGAAGUCACAAGACAUACUCUUCAUUUCAAAACUGGGAUAAGAUUUUUUUCUUAGAUUGUUUGUAGGGCUCCUGCUUUUCAGCCUGCUCCCUAUAACCAGGAGGGCCAGAUUUUGUGAAGUCUGUUUCACUCCCAGAAAUCUUUAGGAGCUGGUGCUUGAAGAAAAGACACUGACUAUCACAAGGGCAUGGCACAGAAAGCAAUCCCAAACACCUCCCUGGAAGGGGUUCAUCCCACCUACAUCUACAAGGUGGUUCUGCUGGGGAACACAUCAGUGGGAAAGUCAAGCCUUGCCUACCGAUAUGUGAAAAAUGACUUCAAGGAGUCACUGCCAACUGUGGGAUGCUCCUUCUUCACACAGACGCUCAACCUGGAGGUAGCCACUGUCAGGUUUGAGAUCUGGGACACCGCAGGCCAGGAGAAGUACCACAGUGUCUGCCACCUCUACUACCGGGGCGCCCACGCCGCUCUCCUUGUUUACGACAUCACUAACAAGGAAACACUCAACAGAGCAAAGCUCUGGCUGACUGACCUGGAGAAGGAAUUCCUUCCUGAUGAAAUCGUCAUUGCUUUGGUGGGCAACAAGACAGACCUUGCUGCUAAGCGAGAAGUUGCCACCGAGGAGGGGGAAGAAUUUGCAAGGACCAAAGGCCUCCUGUUCAUGGAGACAUCUGCAAAAUCCAACCACCAAGUAAAUGAUAUCUUUAUGGCCAUAGCUCAAGAGCUCCUGGAGCGGGAACAAGAGAAGGCAUCCAACCCAUCCCCUUCCCGUGGGAGGUCAGCAGUUGAUCUGGGACAGAGCAGAGUGAGGACUGGGUGUUGCCGACUGUGAGGACAGGCAGCUCUGGAUGUCAGUGGUGGCUGUAUAAGGUCUGCAAGAGGAGCAAUGACAAAGCUGGGGCUGGAGAAGCACAGGGACAGCUCAGCUCAAUCACCAUCCUACCUGGAGCAAGGUCAGAGCCCAUCUUGGGGGCACAGGGCCUCUUCAAUCCUCCAGCACUGGCUUCCUCCAAGAGGUAAAGCCCAGGGAUUUCUUCCAUCAAGUUUCUGCUUCCAGAGAAGAGCAUGACCCUCUGGCACUGUGACCACCACCUGUGACUGAUGACACCUCCCCAGCCCCAGAUGCAUGUCAUCUCCCUCCUGUCCCAUCUCAUCUGAAAAGGGAAGAUUUAGCUUUCUGGAGCAAGGCAGGUGCAUCCUGAUAGCUCUACACCCAGGCUGCAAAUAAAGAGACUAUU